CGCACAGCAGGGGCAGUAGUACUGUUCAGUGUUAUUACACACUGCCUCGAGAUUGAGUUCAGUCAUACUCACUCAGCACCAAUUUAAGCAACAUGGCCAUGAAAGCUGUCUGCGUCCUCACAGGCACAGGAGAAGUGACUGGCACAGUUUUCUUUGAGCAGCAGGAUGAAGGUUUUCCUGUAAAGGUUACAGGAAAGAUCACUGGCCUGAGCCCUGGCCUGCAUGGUUUUCAUGUCCAUGCCUUUGGAGACAACACAAAUGGGUGCAUCAGUGCAGGACCUCACUUCAACCCCUACAACAAGACCCAUGGUGGGCCAGAAGAUGCGAACAGGCAUGUUGGAGAUCUGGGUAAUGUGACUGCCGGGUCUGAUGGAAUUGCUAAUAUCAGCAUCGAGGACAAACAGGUGUCACUGACAGGACGUCACUCGAUCAUCGGGAGGACCAUGGUGAUUCAUGAGAAGGAGGAUGACUUGGGCAAAGGUAACAAUGAGGAAAGUCUCAAAACGGGCAAUGCAGGAGGUCGUCUGGCUUGUGGCGUGAUAGGCAUCGCUCCGUGAAACCAGUGUCACCGUGUCUAUUUUAACACUGGAACCACUUAGCUAUCAGUGAUCAAUGUUGAUGCCCCAACUAAGCUCUUAAGCCAAUGAAACUAAAGUUUAUUUUUACAGAAAUUCCUAGAAAGCUAUAGAAUGGUCAUACAGUGCCUAUGUGAAUCUGUUUUGCAGCCUACUUAUGUAGAUUAUAUCUUGGAAGUAAAGAAGUGGUGUUUUUUUAAAAGUGGUUUUUUUUUUUUUUCUCUCUCUCUUUUCAUGGAGUUCCCAUUCAUCCAAUAAAUGUUUUUGCUGUACCACUAGAAA